AUGUGCUCUCUAGUCACAGGACAACAACCAUCGCAAGGUUACAUAACAUUCUCACUGACAAACGGCCCUGAAUAUCACAUUUUACAGGUUGCAGUUGCGGUGCUAGUAGCUAGAGAGUUGGGGGCAAGCCUUGUGCUCCCCGAUAUCAGGGGCAGCAAACCAGGAGACAGGAGGAAUUUCAGAGAGAUUUAUGACGUUGAGGAGUUUGCAAAUAGACUGAAUGGUGUCGUCAAAGUGGCAAGGAAUCAGCUGGCUUUGGCAUCCUCUAGAAAGCUUGCAGUAGUUAAGGUGCCUUACAUGGUAUCCAAAGACUAUAUUAGAACACAUAUCAAGCCAUUCUUCAAAGCAGAGGGAAGUAUAAGGCUUGAGACUCCCUUGUCUUCCAUUAACAUGAAAAAGGCAGAAGCGACUAAAGUUUUGGACCCAAUUACGUGCUUGACGAUGUUCAGGACCCUCCGACUGCAAACCAAGGUCCGGCAACUCGUCGACCAAAUGAUUGGCAGACUAAAGACAUUGGGAGGGGAGUCAAAUGGCCAAUUUAUUGCGGUUGACCUGAGGGUUGAAGCUGCACAAAGCAAGAGUUGUCAGCCAAGUGGGAGUGCUGAAAUGAAGUUUUGCCAUCAUGCACAGGAUGUAGGUGAGUUUCUGACCAAAACUGGUGUUAGCACAGAGACUCCUAUCUAUGUGACUCAGUCCAGAUGGCACAAGAAUCUCAAACCAUUGACAGACAUCUUCCCGAGAACCUUUACAAAGGAGUUUCUGAUGCCACCAGACAAAAAGGAUAUGUUCCUGAGCAGUGCGAGUUGCGAACUCGAGAAGGUUAUCGACUUCUAUCUAGCAUCUGAAAGCGAUGUCUUCAUACCUGCCUCGGCUAAUUGGUUUUAUGCAACGGUUGCCGGGUCAAGAAUAGCUUCGGGGAGGACCCGGAUACUCGUGCCGACGUUGACCUCCUCCUCCUCCUCGAGUCACAUAUCCCCUUACAUCUCCGAGAGGAAGCACUAUGCUUAUUCAUGUUUCUGUUGAGUUCCUGGGAAAAUCAGGAUUUAGCAG